CCCGGCCCGGCCUUUGAGCAUUCAACACUAUAAAUACUCAGCCGAAACCCUAAUGCUAAGCUUCUUAAUCCCUUGAGAGAAACAAAAGAGAACGACGGUAACUUGUAGCAGCAGUUCGUUUUCAAUAAUCAGCAAUGGGUAAGGUUCACGGUUCUCUGGCUCGUGCUGGUAAGGUGCGAGGACAAACUCCAAAAGUUGCAAAGCAAGAUAAGAAGAAGAAGCCGCGCGGCCGUGCCUACAAGCGCAUGCAAUACAACCGCCGUUUCGUUACUGCAGUUGUUGGAUUUGGAAAGAAGAGGGGACCCAACUCAUCCGAGAAGUAAAGCUUGAAAGAAUGAGUAGCUAGAUAGGUCCAAGCAUUGCUUGGUAUUUUUGAUGAGUUUUUUUAUUUGUUGUCUAAAUUAAUUAAGACUUGUUAUGGUGAAUUAGUUACUGAUAUAACGGUUUAAUUUAUGUUGAUUUUGGUGUUACUAAAUACUGUGUGAUUUUACUUUCCGAAUGUUAUGGGAUGGCUUUUGUGUGCGUGGAAAUUAAGAAGCUUGUAAUACAGUCAAUAUUUUUUUC